GCCACUGAAAACCAAAGUGACACAUUUCAGAGAUAAAAUAUAAUAAAAAAACUUAGAAUAACCUAACUGCAUAAGUGUGCACAUACCUGUACUAAUACUUAGUUGAAGCACCCUUUGAUUUUGUUACAGCACUCAGUCUGUUUGGAUAAGAGUCUGUUAGCUUGGCACAUCUUGACUUGGGAAUAUUUUCCCACUUUUCUUUGCAAAAACGUUCCAGAUCUGUCAAAUUGCGAGGGCAUCUCCUGUGUACGGCCCUCUUCAGGUCCCUCCACAGAUUUUCUAUAGGAUUCAGGUCUGGGCUCUGGCUGGGCCAUUCCAAAACAUUAUGCUUUUUUUGCUGAAUCCAUUCUUUUGUUGAUUUGGAUGUGUGCUUUGGGUCAUUGUCAUGCUGAAAGGUGAAAGAUCUCUUCAUUUUCAGCUUUAUAGCAGAUGCCAGAAGGUUUUGUGUUAAAAUUGACUGGUAUUUGGAGUUAUUCAUGAUUCCCUCCACCUUCACUAAAGCCCCAGUUCCAGCUGAAGAAAAGCAGCCCCAAAGCAUGAUGUUGCCACCACCAUGCUUCACUGUGAGUAUGGUGUUCUUUUGCUGAUGUGCUGUGUUGUUUUUGCGCCAAACAUACCAAUUUUGGGCAAAAAGUUCAGUCUUGGUCUCAUCAGACCAUAACACAUUUUUCCACAUGGUUUGGGAAACUGGAUAUAGGUUUUUGUGGGCUUGGAUGUCUUUUUUUUUUUUUUUUUUUUCAUCAGAAAAGGCUUGCGUCUUGCCACACUGCCCCGACAGAUGAAGAAUACGGGGGAUAGUUGUCACAUGUAGGGAGCAACCAGUACUUGCCAGAAAGAGCUGCAGCUCCUUUAAUGUUGCUAAGGCCUCUUGACCGCAUCCCUGACCAGUUUUCUCUUUGUCUUCUCAUCAUUUUUGGAGAGACGUCCAGUUCUUGAUAAUGUCACUGUUGUGCCAUACUUUCUCCACUUGUUGAUGACUGUCUUCACUGUGUUCCAUGGUAUAUCUAAUGCCUUGGAAAUUUUUUUUUAGGCCUCACCUGAGCGAUACCUUUCAACAAUGAGAUCCCGUUGAUGCUUUGUAAGCUCUUUGUGGCCCAUGGCUCUUGUAGUAGCAUGCAACCAAGAAGAUGUCAGAAAAAUACUACAAGAACAGCUGAGAUUUAUUUGGAGUUAAUCAGUCACUUCAGGUGAAGACAGGUGUGUACUAUUUCACAUGAGCUUGAUGAUUGGUUGAUUCUGAACACAGCCACAUACCCAAUUAUAAAAGGGUUGUGCACACAUAUGCAGUUAAAUUAUUCUAAAUAAAAAAUAAAAAAAAUAUCUGAAAUGUGACACUUUGGUGUUCAGUGGCAUUGCAUAGGUUGUAAUUUCUACAUUAAAGGUGCAAAAAGUCUGAUAUGAUUUAUCUUUGUUUCAUUUUUUACAUCACAAAAACCUGCUGUUUUAACAGGGGUGUGUAGACUUGUUAUAUCCACUGUAUCUCAGCAAAACAGUCUGCAAAUGUAACACCCUCAGACAAAAUUAAGUUGUUGGAGUCAGCGGGUAUGAUGGCAGCAUUAUGUGCAUCCCAGACAAGAAUGAUGUGCUUGAAGCGCUUGAAAUGACAGGGCGAUACUUGCUUCGAGUCCCCAUUCAACUGUUAAAUUUUUUUUUUUAAAUUAACAUUUUUUUAUUGAUUCGUAGACAUAUAAUAAAGAAAAAACACAACAUAUAUACAUUGAAUCGAUAUUUAACAUUUAAACCCCACUAUUAUCCCUCCCAAAUCACCAACCCCACCCUGACCCCCAAAGAACAUCCAUUUGUGGUCACAAAUAAGAAUACACACACACACACACACACACACUUCUCUUUAUUAUUAUGCGUUCGGUCAUUUGGCUUGAGAUCCUUUGAAAAUUUUGUUCAACAUUUUGGGAUUCCCAGAUCUCAGUUCUUUCGAUAUUUACAGCUGCGCCACCUGCUCUGUACUAUUUUUGGGAGUAGCAUACACCUCCCUAAAGCAGCAGAUACUCUUGGAUUGGUGAUUACUGCUUUUGGAAAAGGUCAUGAGGCAUCAGUGUAUUAAGGCCGUGACACACCAAACCGAUGUCAAAGAACUAGCGCCGACUAAAGCAGACUGUGGGGUCGGCUCACGUCUCCUGCGUUUGUGUCAGAAAGUUGCUCUUGAACACACCGCAAAGACGACACCUGACAGCCAACUAGCAUGUCCGUUCUGCACCUGCGUGAGAAGAAAUAUCUUUCCGUACCAGCAGGUGGCAGUAGUCUGUAUUUGUUACUCAAAACGAGAAACCGGAAGAGCUAGUGACUGCUGGGAUACAAAACACAAACAAAGCAGCGCUUGCUUACCAUUUUCACACAAAUCUUGCUCACCACAGACGGAUUCGUGAUAGAGCGAAAGUGUCUGAUAAAUUGCAAAUGGCACUGGCAUUGUCAGCCCUUGAUCUUUUGCUUGUGGAAGAAGAAAGGAAGAAGCGGACACAGAAAAUACAGAGAAACCACACUAAAUGGGUGAAAUCGUGGACACUCCAGAGACAGGCUCAAGGGGCUUUCCCGAACCUUUGUCGAGUGCUGGAGUUAACUGAUACCUCCGAUUUAAAAAAUUUCGCUUGGCUAUUUCCUGUUCAGUUCCACAUGCUGAAGGAACUUAUCAGUCCAAUCAUCCAGAGGCAAAACAGGAACUACCGGGAUUGUAUCUCCGUAGGGGAACGUCUGAUGAUUACACUACGUUUCUUGGAAACAGGAGAAAGCUUCAAGAGCCUUUCUUACCAGUUCCGAGUGGGAAUGUCAACAAUUCGGCAAUUCGUUCCUGAAACCUGUGCAGCAAUUUACCAGGUCUUAAAAGAGAAAUACCUGAAGUGCCCAGACACAGUGGAAGAGGGGCAGCAAGCAGCCGAUGGGUUCCAGGCUCAGUGGAACUUCCCAAACUGCCUGGGUGCUCUGGAUGGGAAACAUGUCAACAUUCGCCCCCCACCAGGAACUGGAUCAACAUUCUACAACUACAACCAUACAUUUUCCAUAGUUCUAAUGGCACUGGUCGACAGCAAUUACAGAUUCCUGUAUGUAGAUGUGGGUUGCAAUGGGCGGAUUUCAGAUGGAGUGUUUGGUGGAUGCUCACUGCAGGAUGCCCUGGAGAACAGAACAUCGAACAUCCCUGCCCAUGCACCACUUCCUGAAUCUGAUCUGCUGGCUCCUUAUUGCAUUGUGGCAGAUGAGGCAUUUCCCUUGAAGGAGUACCUCAUGAAGCCAUAUCCGAACCGCAGGCUAUCUGUAGAGCAACGCAUCUUCAAUUACACUUUCGCGAGCUCGGAGGGUGGUAGAAAAUGCAUUUGGCAUCCUAGCAAACCGUUUUCGAGUCUUUCUAACCAACAUUAAUAUUCAAAACACUGCCAAAGUGGAGGACAUUGUUUUGGCUUGCUGUGCUCUGCACAACUUUCUGUGUACAGAGUGCUGUGAACUGUACAUGGUGGGAAUCGACCAGGAAGGACCAGAUCAUGACAUUGUCCCAGGAAGAUGGAGACAAGACCCUGAUCUACAGCAGGCCUCCCUGCCACACACAACCAACAGUACAACACGAGCCAAACAGCUCAGGGAUAAACUAUGGCAGAACUUUAAUUCAGACAAUGGUGCAGUGCCCUUUCAGUGGGGAAGAUAUAGCAUGUGUAUAUGUAUGCAAAGUAUAGGAAAAGUGUGAAUAUAGUACACUAACAAACUUGUUUGUUUCCAGUACUUGGCCUUGGUUUCAGUUUUAUGACUAUGGUCUGAAAUUGCAAAAUAAAGUUUUACAUUUUCCAUCA